UGAAAUGCAUGCUGGGAGACCUGUCAUGGCUUCAUGUUGGGAUCUUAGCUGUUAGCAUGCAGAGGCCGCUCUCCAGUCUGCCUCUGAGCUCCAGCGUCACGGUCAAACUGCACGGAGCUGGUUUCCAGUUCGCCGCCGACCUGCUGCACCUCAGCCCGCCGCAACUCGGCCAAGAAGCCGGUUUGACACAGCAGGAGGCACUACAGGUGCUGCAGAUUGUAGAAAGAGGAGGAGGAGGAGGAGGAGGAGGAGGAGGUGUGUGCAGCUCCCUGACAGCUCUGGAACUCCUCCAGAAGGAGGAAGACUUGAGGAGCAUCGUGACGUUCUGCUCACAGCUGGACGCCGCUCUCGGAGGAGGGAUCCCCAUCGGGAAAACUACGGAAAUCUGCGGCGUUCCGGGAGUCGGAAAAACUCAACUAUGCCUGCAGCUCUCCGUGGACGUCCAGGUGCCUCAGUGCUUCGGCGGGGUCGAAGGUCAAGUCGUCUUCAUCGACACAGAGGGAACCUUCGUGCUCCAGAGGGUCGUGGACAUCGCCGCCGCCGCCGUCAGACACUGCUCCCUGCUGGCCGAGGACGAGGAGCAGCGUGCCGCCGUGGCGACCUUCACCGUGGAAACCAUCCUGUCCAACAUCCUACUGAUCCGUUGCCAUGACUACGUGGAGCUGCUCGCCGAGCUGCACCUGUUGCCCCGCCUCCUGUCUGACCGGCCGAGGGUCCGCCUCCUGGUGAUCGACAGCGUGGCGGCGCCGUUCCGGCUGCUUUUUGACAACCUCUCUCAGAGGACACGCCUCCUGGGCGGGAUCUCCCAGCAGCUCGCCGCCGCGGCGACGGGCCGCCGCAUCGCCGUGGCGAUCACCAACCAGAUGACCACGCGGCUGCUGCCGGGCGGGAGCUCGCAGCUGGUCCCGGCCCUCGGCGAGCUCUGGGGCCACGCCCCCACCGUCAGGCUCCUCCUCCAGUGGGAGGGGCCACGGCGGCUGGCCACCCUCCUCAAGUCUCCGGCACACCCGGAGGCCACCGUCCAGUACCAGAUCACGGCCGACGGCUUCAGAGACGCCGACGAGUCGGAGCAGCCGCACAGCAAACGGCCGAGGACAGACACCGACCAAUCGGAGGCCGGCGCAGGAGAGGCCGGGAGCUGAUUGGCCUGAUUGGAGUCUGGUGGCUAAUCCGAGGCUGACCCUGAAAUCCCCUGAUUCCGAUGAAAAGAAUCUUCUACUUUUUCUAGAAGAUCAUAUAAAGAACUCCUCAGGACUGACUUCUGACUCUUUGUCCUUGUUGAAAGUUUUUAUUGCUACAUGUUGCUUCGUUAUGUUCACUGUUAGCCUCAAAAGAAUGAAAUCGCUCCUGUUCUUUUGCUCAUAUUUCAGCUGUGGGACUAUGGCUCAAAGACAAAUCCACAGAAAUGUCAAAUAUCCAUCUGGGAAAGUAAAGAUUGAUGAAUUCUUCAUCAGAAAUGGCAGAAAUGUCACCAGCGAUGCAGGAGCACAGUGAAGUGAACUGUGAGGCCAGCAGGAGGCGCCACAGUACAGCUCACUGGAGAACAGCUGGAGCAGAGAGAAAACAGAAGGUUCUCCUGAGCUGGUUUCAUUUCAGAGGCUCAGCUGUUUCCUCUCUGGGAGGAAAGAGUUCAGAGAGUGAAUAACAAAUAAAUCGUUCUGGGUUGCUCCAAACCUGCAGCCGUUUCUGGCAGUUUUCAACAAGUAGUUUCUCCCCAUCCAUAAAAGUAAUAACCUGAUCAUAUCUUAUUAUUAUUUGAGGCCUUGCUCAAAAUGAGGGCAAUAUUAUUAUAGAUUCAAACAGUUCUAACUACAUUUCAAAACCCCCAUGAUCUUCCAAAUAUUUUUACUGUCUUACUUCUUCAGUUUGUCAUUUCAGCCUUUUUUUUUGUUUGUUUUUUUGUUUUGUUUUUGUUUUCUGGACAUUUUUAACCAGAAGAAAAAAACGUUUUUAAAAAGAAUGCUUUGAAUAAAUUAAUCUUACAUAUUUAGCAACCGAUAACAUGAAUGUAUCGGGACCAAGAACCUUAACAGGGUGAAAGUGUUGCAGAGUUUCCUCAGUGAAUAAAUGCGAUGGUUCUUCCAGUUUUUCAGGCUGCACUGACGGU